AUGGAUCAAAGUUGUGGGCAAGUAAUAAUACAAGGUGAAACCGGUUGUCCAAAACAGUUUACAUUUGAUGGUGUUUAUUAUAUCGAUGCUACAGCCGAACAAAUCUAUAAUGAAAUUGUCUAUCCACUUGUUGAA